CAAUACCUGAGCUUGCAACUGCGAUUUCUCGACGACCUCGACGCGACAAGAGCUUUGGUGGCCAUGGCGCCCAUCAAGGACGCCGUUGGAUCGUCGCAAGAAGCUCUUUUGAGUCUGGAGAAGAGCACUGCGAACAGUGACACGCAACUGAACAAUGCGGCGCGGAUUAUCAAACUGGAUUUGUUAUCGUCGACAGACUUAGCUCACACGAAACCUGAUCUGAACACCAAGCCCGCUCCUAAGGAAGAAUGGGUCCUGCGGUGGCUACUCAAGCGAUUCAAGAGCAAACCAUACCGGCUACAACCCCUCUCUUACGUGCUCUUGCAGAAACUUAUCCAAAGGAUUCCACCGAAAGCAAUUGCUGUAAUAUUUACAGACUACAAAUUCUCGCAGUUGGUCAAGGAUAUCGUUGAAGAUUUGGAGAACGCUGUUUUCGCGUCACUUCGAGACGAUACCGUCAAAGUGCCCGUGCCCUCGGGCUCGGAGACCAGUACUACACUCAACCAAUCGCCUAUUCGAUCCAAGAAGCGAAAAAGAGGCGAGAAUACGGCAAAUCGGGAUGAGGAUAUAUUGGGGUUUCAGCAACCCAGAGCCGCAGUUGACGCCUACGUCAAUUUCUUGGAUUUCCUCUUCGUCCUUACGACAUUGGUGAACAGUCAUGAAAAUAGCGGUAGUGUAUCGCAAAUACACCUUCGGCAAGCGUUACGGACGGAAUCUGCCUUUGUCGCCCCGAUCCUGGGAAAACUGUUCAGAGCCUCUGCUUAUCUGGUAGCGGAAUUUGCCAAAGAGAAGCGUAGCUCGGAGUUACAGCGUUUGAUAAAAGCAAGCACAGCUGUUUUUAUUCUUUGGGAGUUAAGCAGAAGUAAUGUUGAUGGUACUGGGAAAAAUAAUGUUAAUGUUGCUUUCUCAGACCACUGCUUUGUUGAGUCUAUGCGGCUUUAUCUCCUCGUCCUCUCCAUUGGAGGCGUGCCCGAUGGUGCAGAUUUCAUAGUUCAUUCUAUCGAAAAGUUAAUUGCCCUUCAUGUCGUUCUUCCAGCACGAAAUGCCUUUAUGGAUGCAGGGGGUUUAGGGAUUGAUUAUUCAAAAGACGAUGAUCCUGAUUGGAGUGCUGUACAGCCAGUUACAGCCACUUUCAGACCACUUCUGGCAGUCAAGUCAAGUGAAAAUGUCGAUUGCAGUGGAAUUGAGACUCCACCGUCCAGCAAAGCUGUCUGUAUCUUUGCCCCAACUUGGAAACCAGCCGAACUCGUCCCAACGUUUUAUAAUAUUAUUGCUCGAUCUGUGCCAAGGGAUUCGUUUCGUCGUCAGGCAAACGAAGCUUCGUGGCUUGAAACUGCGUUUGUGGCACUUGCAGAAUUGGCUUAUUCAAUGACUAAGGACAAAAAUGGCAACAUAUCUGGAUUUAUCCCUCAGUUGGAGCAACUGUUCAUCGUUGUCCGUGCAUGUAACAUAAAACUCUCUCUACACACCUUUCUUACGCAUGCUGCAUAUACAGGUCUUCUUAAGGGAAAGGACAGACCGCAAGAAGUGCACUGGGGACUGACAGCGCUACUCAUCGAACUUGGAGUCGAUAUUUUUCUACCAAAUUCUGGAUUCAAAGACUCGAAGCGUCUGUUAGAUGCCCUUUGCCAAACACUAUAUCAUAUCCGCAAUGAUCAGGUCAGUCGGCAAAUAUUCCAAACAGUCAAAGCGAAUGUGGUUAUCCCCCUUCUGCGGGCAUUCGCUGGCGCGAGAGACCUUCCUUCUUUUAUUACAUUAUGGCGUGAACAGUUACGCGACAUAGAAAUUGCACGAGGAGCAGGAGAUUCCAAGGACACAUACUCUGUUUGGGAAGAUGACGAUUUGGGCAUAGCAUUCCGAGAAGUGAUGAAGAUAUCUUUGAGUGAAGCACAAUUUAGAUCACAGCUCCAAAGCGCUAUGGCAGAAGUCACAUCAACUACAGGGGCUAUAUCAAACUCGCCAGAGUUGUAUGCUUCCGUUGUCCUACUGGAGAUCAGCUCAAAUGUGUGGGGUCAGCAUGGCGUCCCAGGUUUAGAAACUGAGUCGGUGACCGGUCUGGCCAAGGCAAUUAACAAAUCACUUCUGCUUCGUGACAAUGUGCACUGGAAAUGGCGACUAUGGAGGCUGGCAAAGAACCUGCUUCCGACUAGUCUGAAGAACCCUCUUAAUGGUCCAAAUGAUCUAGCUCAGAGUCUCGAGAAGAGGGCGUUGAGAGUAAUGCAAAGCGCCUAUGAACAGCAGAAUCCUGUUGAUCUACGAGAAUGCUUUGAAGCUUGUCGAUUCUUACUUCAAAUAACACGAGAUUUGCAGCACAUCUCUCCAAAUGAGGAAACGGUACCGCAAUCUCUACUUGAUAAUGUCACAGGGCUAUUCAAAACCCUCAUUGCGUCUGAAAAAAAGGGGUUGCUUAGCUGGAAUGGUCGUAUCGAGGAUAUAAGAUCGCCAUCCCAACUCGGGAUCGCCUAUGUCGUGUGUAUUAUGGAAUUUCCCGGUAUAUGGCACCAGGUUCCUUCCAAGUCUGCGGAGAAUUUUAUUCAUCAUCUCCUGCUCUUGGCUGGGCGGACAAAACAACAUGUCAAGAACUCGGAGAGUGCAACCUUUUAUCAAUUAUGGGAAGUCAUGGUUUCAUACGAGUAUCUCCUCGAUAUUCCAAAACUUUGCUCGAGUAUUGUCCAAGUACUCUUCCGAGACCUCCAAACCAAUUCAGCUCACCGAGCUUUGGUUCUCAGUUUCCUGCCUCGAAUUCCGAUUCGUUUACAUGGAGUCGAUGGCGCUAAAGAGGUCAUGGCGUCUUUUUUAAAUGAACACAAGCUUUCUCCCGAGUCAAUCCCUGACGCGAUAUCAUUGAUGGCUAAAUGGUGUUGGGAAUCCGCUCAAAUCGAUCAUACAGCCAGAGAGUGGAUUGCGUCGAAUCUGCCAUUGCAAUGUUCCACUAAUGACAUUUACACGCUGCGAUCUUAUCGGUCAUUAGUUGAAACCGUUUUUGAGGGAGAACUCGAAGCAUGCAAGUCGACUGAAUUGCACAAAUUUCUAAAACGGUACUAUAAAAUUGCAUCCCACGGCGUAUCUGAUGCUGUCGAGAUGGAGGCAGCCGAUCAGAAUCGCAACCUGUCCUUGAAACUGGUUCUCGUCGGCGUUUUGUUACGACUACUAUCGGUACAUUGUGACGAGUUGAACGACCCUAAGCUGUUGAAAGACAUUACUCGACAGAGACGAAAAAUGUUUCAGUCUAUGUUGAAUAGCCUUGACAGUUGCAAACAACUUUUGGAUGAAGAUGAAUCAAAUAACAAGGCUGCAAUUGGGCUUGCCACGACACUAUACGUUUUGGAAGAGUUCCAGGACCUGCUCCAACAGAAAGAGAAGGCUAGUCGGAAAUUGACUGAUAUUUACAAGAAUAUUCCGAGGAUUUCAGACAAAUGGGGGCAUUAUUUACAGAAAAUCAUUCAGCAACAGCUAUUGCGGGGUGUUCCGAAUGAAGACAGACUUACUCUAGAUGACCCGAACGUUACAGACGUUGUCAACCUGCGCCGACUAUAUGCGGAAGACCAACAGCGAUACGUGCAAGUCACGACAGCCCAGCUGGAAGCUAUGAACAACGAAGGACGCAUUAAAACUAUUCGCAAGCUAAGAAGUAAUGGCUUUUAUGGACCCAUUGGGUCAUGCCGGCUGAUGGUUGCGGGUUUGGCCGUGUCUUGUCUAGAUGACAUUCCCGAGAAAGGCAGUGCCGAAGCGCGAGAGCUUUCUUUCCUCUGUACUGCUCUGACGGAUACAAUACAGGAUAGCCAGGCCAUUGAGCAGUUUUCUCUUGCUGCAGAAUGUCUCGAUAUUCUACUCCGACUGCACCCUCGAGGCGUCUCUCAGUACAAUAUCGAUAAGUGCCUCUCGACAGUCUCCAAAACGAUGUCCAAACUCUCUUCUCUGGAUGUCAACGAAGUCUCUCCAGAAUUUGCAAGCACCGUUUACACCCGUUUCUGCCGGCUCAUGGGAACAUUAUUUGGUCUAUAUCGACAACAACUUGGUGGGAGAUUCCAUAUUCUCACCCCUGCUUUGCAGGCCCUUCUCAAAGCGCUCUUCGCUCCUAGUCGGAAGCGAAAGCGCGAUGCAGGAUCAUCGAGACUGUCGCCAAUGCACCGUGCUCUAGGCAUUCCCCAUGCAGUAAUGUUCUCUCGCCUCCUCUCCUCGCUCUGCGAUCCUACCGUGUCAGCAGUUUCUCGUCCAACUCGUGGUGGAGCUAGCCGUGACGGGCUGAUCGACCAGACAAAGACAGCCAAGCUUAAAGCCGGACAGCAUCUCCGUAUCAUUAUCGAGAGUUAUGCGCAGCAUAUGCUAGACUCCCCCAUCAGCGCGGAAAUGAAGGCGGCCCUGCUCCCUGGGCUGUACGCGGUGCUAGAUGCGAUGCCGACGGAUACCAAGCGCGCCCUGAACGCGAGCAUGGACGUGUCCUCGCGGGCGAUAUUCAAGACUCUUCAUGAUGACUACAUCUCGUUCGGCAAGUGGAAUAAUAAGGGGUGAUCUGUCAUCUAUGCCUGUGUAUAGUAGAAUAGUAUUACCUUGCCAAUACAAAAAUAUAUGCAACAUAAAACCACACAGCAUCAUGCCGCUAUGCUUACUAUCAAUGAUAGCUCAGAGAUCGCAUAUUUACCCAUACUUCAAAUAUUUCUAAGUCCGAAGCUGACUAUGGAUGUUUAGUGAAUGGUUACAUGUGUGAUAUACAUAAAAAAGAAAAUUCGUGUUCCUGAAUUGGCAACACUGGCAAUUGAUUUUUCACCAAUACUGGGGAGCCUAGUGGAUUUUCUUUUUUUAGAAAGUAGCAUGUCCUGGUUUAUCUAGGGUCCUUCGGGUCAUGAGCUCGACGAGCUUCCAAUGCCCUAACAUGCUGUGAUUGAAUUAGAAUUUGCAAGUUUUGUCUUUGUAAGGACAGGAUCACUAGCAGAACAUAUGUAUCUAUCUCAAUUCCAAUAGUGCCUCC